GGCACAGCACAGAAAAAAAGCAGCGCACACACAGGAAAGAGUGGGAUUUGAAGCGAGUAAUGGAAGGAUGGUCUGUGGAGACCAUCACAUGCGAUCAGGAGAAGUGUGUCACACCAUGAGCCUCCUUGUUACCCCUGCCCAGUUCAGAGUGGUUUCAGGGACUGGGAAGUGUUAUCAGGCAUAAUUUGGGGGGUGGCUAAUCCGCAUGUGGGCAAUAAAUCCAAUCUGACAGGACCAUUGCAUCUUGAAACUGGAUUGUUAAUAUACAGAGAGAGGCAGUGCUAAGCCUCAGCAGGGAGAGAGAGAGAAGGAGGGGGGAGGGAGAGGGAGGGUGUGCAUGAGAGAGAGAGAGGGAGAGAGGGAGGGAGAGAGAGAGAGAGAGAGAGGGAGGGAGAGCAUCAGAGUCACCAGGAGAAGCUCCACCAUCAUCACACUGAACGUACGAGAGGCACAAGGAGACUAUAUUCCUCUAAAAUCAUGGAUGGGACAAAGCCGGCCAUGGAGUCCAACGCGGAGGAGACUCCCGAGGAGGGACAGGAGAGCAAAGGAUGCUUCGAGUGCUGCAUCAAGUGUCUCGGCGGGGUGCCCUACGCCUCCCUCGUGGCCACCAUCCUGUGCUUCUCAGGCGUGGCCCUGUUCUGCGGCUGCGGCCACGUGGCGCUGACCGGCACCCUGACCAUGCUGGAGAACCACUUCUCCACCGUGACCACCGACCACGCCACCCUCGCCCUGGUGAUCCAAAUCUUUCAGUACAUCAUCUACGGCGUCGCCUCCUUCUUCUUCGUCUACGCCAUCCUGCUGCUGGCCGAGGGCUUCUACACCACCAGCGCCAUCAAGAAGGAGCUGCAGAGCGACUUCAAGACCUCCGCCUGCGGACGCUGCAUCACCGCCUUCUUCCUGUUCCUGACCUACAUCCUGUUCCUGGCCUUCCUCGCCAUCUUCGGCUUCACGGCGAUCCCCGUCUUCCUCUUCUUCAACAUGUGGAGCACCUGCGCUGCCAUGAGGUCACCUGACGCCAACAUCACCGUGCCCGACUCCAUCUGUGUGGACGUCAGGCAGUAUGGUAUUAUUCCCUGGAACGCCUCUCCGGGAAAAGCCUGUGGAGCGACGCUCGGAGACAUCUGUAACACGAGUGAGUUCUACCUGUCUUACCACCUCUACAUCGUCGCUCUGGCCGGCGCUGGAGCCACCGUCAUCGCACUGGUCCACUACCUGAUGAUCUUGGCGGCCAACUGGGCCUACCUGAAGAGCGCCGUGUCCACGCACGAGUACCAGGACAUCAAGACCAAGGACGACGCGGACCUGGAGGCCGAGGCGCGCUCCAAGGAGGGCCAGAACUCCUCCUCCUACUCAUAAGGAUGAGAGGCCGCUCUCUCCCGCCGCCACCCACCUCCCCUCCACACCUCCAACCCCUCACCCCACCACACCCACCACCCCUCCGUCUGUUAAAACAAACCACCUCGGUCGUGUUUGAUAGUCCCCCAGCCCGAUGAUGCUCCACCCUCCUCCCCUCCAGCAUGUUUAUUUAGCGCUGUGGGAGCGUACAUGCACCGGAGGGGAAGAGGAUGGAGGAUCGGGAGAAGCUGCCGGCCCCGAUGGAGGCAGAUGUUCCCACCGGGGGCGCUCGCCCACCGGGGUCGGGGCUCAGCUACAGUACAUCGGUUCAGAAGCG